ACUAUUAUUUUUAUUAUUUCAGUCACUAUUAUUUUAGAUUAUGAUUGAAAUUUUCAUAGAUUUCCUAUGUUCCCCACAGUAAAUAAAUCCCACAAUUAUAUCAACAUACUUCAAUUCUCACACAGUACUAAAUUUAGAUCAAUUCAAUUUUCAUUUUAAACAACAAUUUAACCAAAGUUAAAUUGAAAGAAGAAAAAAAAAAAAAUUACCCACAAACCUUAUCUUCAAAAUAAUCUACAAUAGUAAAUCCUAGAUCUUAUAUUAUCCCACCACCCCAAUGAUCCACCACGCGUUACCUGUCUCCAUAUUUGUGUCUGUAUCCGUUGUUGUUAUUAUUGUUAUUAUAUAAAAAUGCACGAAUAGAAUCGUGACAUAUUAUAUAUACAUAGCUAGAAUGGUGGGUUAGUUCAUUCGAUCGAUGCUAGUAGUAAUAGUAGUAGUAGUAAUAGCCGCAAAGUAGAACAAAAUUUAAAGAAAAAGUGAUAAAUUGUGGAUGAUGAGAUCCUCAAGUGGAGGAAGUAGUAGUACUAAUACAAGUUGUCAAGAUUGUGGAAACAAAGCAAAGAGAGAUUGUGAACAUAUGAGAUGCAGAACUUGUUGUAAGAGUAGAGGUUUUCAAUGUGCAACUCAUGUUAAAAGCACUUGGGUUCCGGUUGCUCGAAGGCGUCAAAAACAACAACAACAGCAACAACAUCAUCAACAACACGGCCGCCUCGCCUCGUCGAAUACUAUGGAUCAUUAUAAUCAAUACCUUCCUUUACCUCUUUCUCUUUCAAACAUUCAUCAUCAUAGCCCUACUUCAGCUGGGCUAGAAGGGGGGAAUUUUCCGGCAGAAGUGAAUUCCUCGGCGACUUUUCGAUGCAUUCGGGUUAGCUCAGAGGAUAAUGUGGUGGAUCAAUAUGCUUAUCAAACCUCAAUUACAAUAGGAGGGCAUGUUUUCAAAGGGGUACUCAAUGAUCAAGGCCCCACCACCGCAAGACGCGGUGGUGAGGCCUCAUCGAUCGCCACAAGCGAUCAUCUCCCGUUCAAUAUCACGGGUACCGCCACCUCCAUGGCGGGUGGUGCUAAUAUAUACCACCCUCCAUCCCUAUAUUCUGCUCCUAGCUUCAAUGCUUUCUUGCCUGGUAUGCAGUUCUUCCCCCAUCCAAGGCCUAAUUAAUUAAUUAAAUUAGUGUAAUUAAAAUUAAAAUUAGUCAAUCUUGUUUUUUUUUUGUUAAAUUGAUUUUUCUCCUCUUGCCAAAUAAUUAAUAACAAUUAAUCUUAUUAUAUUAUGUUAAUGUUGUCUUUAAGCUGGAGCAUAUAAGACAAUUUAAGGACAGAUGAGAGACAUUACCCAAUUUGUUAAUAAUUCCAAUGGCCAAAUUAUUUGAUCUUGUCUCUCUAAUGUCUUAAACUUUAUUAAUUUUCAAUUCUAUUUAAUAAAAAUGUUAGUUCUCUUUUGUUGGGGAUCUGUUGUAUAUUAUGUAUGUUUAUGUUUUAAUUAAUAUGUCCUUUGAUUAUAAUAUAUGAUCUUGUUAGCUUUGUUGAUAGAUUUUGCAGUGUUUGUCUUAAGUUGUUUAAUUUAAUUAAGGGUGCUUUUCUUUCUUGUGAUGAGCUCAAUGUCAAUCUUUAAUUUGCUAAUGAAUUGAUUAUGCUUUGUUAAUCUUCUCCUAAGCAUACUUUUUGCCCCUUCUUAUCUGUUUCGUUGGCGGGAUUAGAAUAAUGCAAUUGUAGUUUAAAAUAAUUAGUACAUACAUAAUUGUAUAAUUAGAUUUAGGCUUAGAUUAAUGGCUUUUGUUUAUUUGUCCUUCAUGCAUGCAUUUCCACCUGAUCAUAUUGGUAAAGCAAGCAUCAUUUCGAAGAACCUCUUCUUUUCAUACACAUGUAAGAGAACAAUAAUCGUGCUUAAUUAACUAGUACGAUUUCAUUUCUUAAUAAGACUUAGGAUAUAGAGGUCUUCCUAGAAGCUAAGCUAAGGUUAUGUUUAAUUUGUUCAACUAAGGAUUUUCGAGGGUAUGUCGUAGUGAGUUGUGAUUAUUAUUGAGAUUUGGAGUGAUUUGUGUUUGCAAUUUGCUCAACUAGGAUAGAACUUGAUAUGAUUAAGAAAUAAAAGUGCUUAGUUAGCUAUAUAAUAUAAGGAAGUUUUAGCUAAAAUAGUCAAAUGCGAAUGUACAUAUAUAGUUAAUAAAUUUAGAUUAGUUUUCUUUCCUGAUUGGCUAAUUUAUUAGAAGUACUAGCUAGUGUAAUCAAUAAUAAUCAUGUAUAGGCUCACAAGUUCAGCUUUUUGUACAAAAGAAAGAAUACUACUUUUAGAAUUAGACUUGUACAAGUACAAGGUAAGAUUCAAUCCCUCCUCCAUAACUUCACCUAACAUCGGAGAGAUAUUCUUCUCUAAUGCUAUGUUACUCAGACUCGACUACAAAUAUUAUACAUGGUCAUGUUUAAGUCUAUUUUAUGAAGAUGCUUAGGUUACUAAGAGGCUGUCUUAUAGUGUGGUUUCUGAAAUGCCUCCAUUUUAGAAUCCAUGCUUAUGGUUUAUUGCAUAAUGCAUCUGUUAUUUAACUAACUACUUAUCUAUAUAUCAUACUAGAGAUCAAAAUCAUCAAUUUUCUAAGUUGUUUCUUUUAUGUUAGUGUGUCUGAAUCUGCCUUUCUCUUGAUGCACAUCUAGCACCUAGAAUUUAGUUCACACUUCUUUGUCAUGACUUGAAUUACGCUAUCAAUGUGACUAUUAGGGGCUGUAUAUUAUAAAGGGAGAUCGGUAAUAUGAAACCUAUCAUGUUGCAAGUCUCUAAUAGUGUGAAGGGAUGUCUCACAUAUUUUUGGCCAUAUUUGAAAUAGCUCAAACAUGACAAGAUGAGUAUUGUUUUAUGUCCCCCCAACUAAGUCCUUAAUUUCUUUUAUGUUAGGCAACUUUCAUGAAACCGGGCCAUAAUAUAACUUUAUUUAAACUACAUAUGCUGAAAGUUAGCAAGGAAUAAUUGCAUUUCUUUUAGGUAUCACCCUUAAAGUUUUGGACAUAUUUUUGUGACUUAGUUAAAAUUCUCAAAAAUAAGCAAGAAUAAGUGGGCAUCUUGUAACUUUGUUGGGUAGUACAAAGACUUUUUAAAAUAAACCCUAGAUUAAGCAUUCUCUUUCAAUAAAGAGACUUUACAUUACACUAAAUUAUGAAAAUAAAAAGAUUGAUACCCUUAAGUGACACAAAAUACCUUUAAAGGAAUAUAUCCUUUGUACUUAAGAUUGAAAAAAUUCUUGCGUGCAUUUUCAAAUAUCGACUCACCUAAUUAAUAUUAUUAAUCUUAUGCUUACCUUAGUGACCUUUACUUGUUGAUUAAAGUUUACAAAUCCCUUUUCCUUAUUAGGAAAAAGGUUGUGGGAUUGAUUGAAGUACGUCGUUAUUAGUUUAAUUAGAUUAUGGCGAUUGUGGACAUGAUUAAGCUUUAAUUUCCUAAUUAGUUGUUAAUUAUAGAUGAUGAUGUUUCAUGAUGCAUUUAAAGCACCUGAUCUUAGCAAAACAAUGUGCUUAAUGCUUUCUUAAAAGGAGGAUAUCACUAACUCAAUGAGUUGUACUAUGUCUUUUGAUAGAUACAUUCUCUUUUUCUUGCAUUUCCACCAUACUAAAGACUAAAGAGCCUUCUUGGAGCUUUCUCUUAAAAAGAUGUGCAUUAAUGUAAACUCAUAACUUUAGUUGACAUUUUCUUAAUCUUUGAUUAAUUACUCAUCUUAUGGAAUGUGGAAUAAAUGUAUAAUUGCUUUUGUUUUUAAUGUUUGUUCUAGAAAUUUUACACCAAAGUGUAGAAUUGAGGCUCAUGUCGAAAAAUGAUUCGUUAUUUCAUGCAAUGUAUUGAUGCAUUACUUUGUUGCUUCUAUUCUAGGCUUUUAUUCAAGAUUUUGAGUGUUAAUUAAUAAAAACUCAUGUGUCUUUUGGAUUGUACUUAAUUUUAUAUAUACUUGUAGGAACUUAAUUUGGAAAAAUCGGUUUUCCGACCUAAUAAAUAAUAUGAUAUAAUUGUUUACUUAGCUAGCUAAUAACCAAUGUUGUUAAGUUGUAGCGAACCACUUAAAAAGUUAUGGUUUCACCAUACCACUUAUUAAAUUUUAUAAAAUAUCAACGUCUUAUGCUUACACCUUAUACAUUUGUGUUAUUUUUUUUCAUGAUAUACUACCUCCGUUUCAUAUUAUUUGCAACGAUUUGACAUAAAAUAGAGAGGGAAAAUGUCUAAACGUUGCAAAUAAUAUGAAACAGAGAUAAUAUGUUUUAGUACGUAUUAUUUUUUUAAAAGUAUUUUAUGUGUUGGCUAAGUGAAAUAUGCUGUAAAUAAAUCUGUAUUAUGUUGAUAUGCCACUUUCUUAUGCUCUUUUUUUUUUUAAAAAAAAAAGAAAGAAAAAAAAAAGUGCUUAUUUUGGUGUUAAGCCGCAAACUAGGGAGAAAAGGCAAAGAAACCUAUUUAUGAACACUACAACUCUACAGUACUGCAUCAAUUUUUCAGAUUUUGACGAUGAAUGAUGAUGUUACCGGACAUUAAGUUGCAUACUGUUUGUUCAUUGGCUCAAACAUUUUGAAUGUCAUUCAUAGGAAUAUUGAUUUAUUGGGUAUUAUCUACUGAUUUAGUAGUUAAAAUUUUGUGUCAUUCUAUUACACUUUGUU